GAUCCAGCAGGUUUUGUGCACAAUUACCGGACGAAUGCACCUGUCUCGCAAUCAAUAUGCAGCCAGGAAAGAUGACAUAAAUUUAUGACAAUGACUCACGCACCAGCAGCCCUUUGUCACCAUGACUACACAAUCGGAUGGAUUUCCGCUCUACCCUUGGAGAUGGCGGCGGCCACCGCCAUGCUCGACGAAAGACACCCCGAUCUGCCCACCAAACCCAACGAUGACAACACUUACAUUCUUGGUAGAAUCCACGUCCACAAUGUCGUGAUUGCCUGUCUCCCUGCAGGUGUUUACGGCACGACCUCAGCUGCCACCAUAGCGAGUCAAAUUCGGUUGACAUUCCCCGCAAUUCGAGUCGGCUUGAUGGUCGGCAUUGGGGGUGGGGUGCCCGGAACCGCGGAAGACAUCAGACUUGGAGAUGUGGUCGUUAGCAAGCCAACCAGGGAUCACGGUGGGAUUGUACAAUAUGAUUACGGCAAGUCCCUGGCCGGCGGGGUUUUUGCACGACAGGGGUUGCUGAACAAACCACCGCCUAUCUUGGUGACAGCGAUCUCUCGACUGCAAGCGGCACACCUCACGAGGCCAAGUCAAAUCUCAUGGCUAGUGUCGGCAGGCGCGAGGUCUUCCUGUUUCGCUUACCCGGGCGCUGACCGAGAUCUACUCUUCGAAGCCGAGUAUGACCACUUAAGUUCAGAGAGUACUUGCCACAACUGUGACAAGAGCAGACGCGUUGAGAGACAAAAUCGAAAUCUGCGGGACCCUGUCAUUCACUACGGACUCAUUGCCUCUGCGAACCAGGUGAUGAAGGACGGACGCCUGCGGGACAAGUUAGCCCAGGAACUCGGCAUACUGUGCUUUGAGAUGGAGGCGGCAGGCCUCAUGGACAGCUUUCCGUGUCUUGUUGUCCGGGGAAUCUGCGACUACUCGGACUCUCACAAGUCGAAAGAGUGGCAGGGAUAUGCGGCGGCAACCGCCGCGGCUUACACCAAGGAAUUGCUGUCAGUGAUCCCUGCCAAACAAGUCGAGGAUGAGCCAUCAAGCCUCUCCGGCGUCUAUGCGCCAUAUCUUGAUAGGGCGCGCUCGUCUCGGAGUGUGACUUCUCAGCGCAGCCAAUACGAUGAACAGGAGGAGCUACUCGAGCAGAUCUCAUCCUAUCACUAUGAACGAGUUCACAGAAGGCUUGCGCAUAAACGACUGGCUGGUACUACUCAAUGGUUCUUGGACAGUCGUGAGUUCAAAACAUGGCUGAAGAGGCUAUCGAACAAGCUUUGGUGUACUGGGAAAAUUGGCUCUGGCAAGACAGUGAUUGCUGCGUCUGUGAUUGAAGCUAUCCGAUAUAAUCCGGAUAAUACUCCUACAAUAUUUUUCUACUGCGAGAACGAUCAUGGCGACUCCCUAAGGGCCUCUUCGAUCUUGUCUAGUCUAAUCAGACAACUUUGUGAAUUUCUGCACAAGAACCGGAGACCAUGGCCAGUGCUACUGAUGCAAGAGAUUCGAAAGUCUUUCGGGAGCAAGAGAGUCAUUCCCGAUUUCGACGACUUGAAAUACAUCUUCCAAGAGCUUUUCGAUCUUGUGCCAAGGGCAAGUUAUGUCUUAGAUGGUCUUGAUGCAUUGGACAACGACCAAAGCAAGCUUCUACUUACAGUCAUUCGGUCGCUGUUUUCCGGAGCCGCAGAGCUCCAAGGUCAACGUAUUGUCCUCUUCAGCAGAGACCAAAUACCCGGUUAUGUCAACAUCGAGACGCUUAUGCCUGGAAUUGGUCGGAUCUCGACUUCCGACAAAUCAAACACGAUCAGCGAUAUUCAAACCUACAUAGACUACAGUAUCAGGGACAAGACAAUGUACCGGAAGCUCACGGAUGAUCCUCUCCUUGUAGAAGAGGUUCAGGAUGUGCUACUGAGAGAAUCAACUGGAAUGUUCCUCUGGGUCCAUCUUCAACUGGAGAUUCUCUGGAGCACUUGUUUUACAGAUGCGGAAGUUCGCUUAGCAUUGCGCCAACUGCCCAAGGAUCUUGAGGAGACAUAUCGACGAUGCGCUGAUCGGAUAGGUGCGCAAGACAGCAGGGCGUUGAAAGUGCUCAAGUGGGUUAGCUUCGCCUCGCGACCUCUGCAUCUUGAAGAGUUACGUGAAGCGGUCGCUUUUGAGAGGGAAGACACCACCUAUGAUAGCAACAAGCUUCCACGAGGUGACGUCAUUAUUGGUUCUUGCGCCAAUUUGGUGGUGCUUGAUCCAAUAGAUCUUUGCGUUCGAUUUGCUCACCCUUCGAUCAAGCAGUACCUUGCGAAGAAUGGUGUCCCGGGCUAUCAGUACUCUUUCGACAAGGAUCAGGGUGAAUUGGAAUGCGGCGAGUUCUGCAUUGCGUAUCUCUCCUUCUCCAACUUCAGUCUUCAAGUCGAGCACAAGUGCGACGUAACGACAGAGGCUGUAGUCCCAAGCCCCGUGCUGCUUGCAGGGACAGCGCUGAACUCUUCUCUCAGGUACUUCUUUCGGCUGCCAAACGGCCCGAGACCGCCUAAACCUCUACACUUACGCAGCAUUCGCACGCCGACUGUCCCGGAUCGAAGCCAAUACAGAUUCCUCAAUUAUGCCAUUUCGAACUGGACUUCCCAGACGCGGGAUCUCACAAGGAACUCCCCAAUGUGGGAGAAAUUCGAGAAGCUCGCGACAUGUUUUAACGAGACUUGGAACUUCCAUCCAUGGAAGCCUGGUGGUCGCUCCACCCGUUCUCAAUUACAUAGUCUUUUUGGAUGGGCUGUGCGGGACAACCAUUUUCCGCUUCUCUCUAUAGCUCUCACUUGGAAGAGAGAUAUCCUGCAGAUCUGCGAUCUUCCAUUGGUAGAAAAAGGUCUUCCCGCACUCCACGUUGCCAUUAAGCUCAAGCAUAAGAGCAUCAUCGAAGCUUUGUUACAAAUAUGCAAUGUCAACCUCGUGGAUACCGAGCUGUAUUCCCCCCUGCACCACGCCAUCGCUCAGAAUGACACCGGAAUGAUAACCAUGCUACUCGGCGCCAAGGACAUAAAAGUGGACAAUUUCACGCCUACAUUGAGCACGCCGCUGUGUUUUGCAGCACGACUUGGACAUUAUGAGGUAGCAGAACUUAUGAUCAAUAACGGAGCUACAGUAAGUUCGGCACCGACAAUUCUGCCUCUGUGGUGGGCGGCGAAUUAUGGACACACGGAGCUCGUAAAGCUCCUCGUCCGCCACGGAGCGAGCUUUUGGGAUUUGGACAGGAACGGCCGGUACCUUCUUCGAAUUGCUGAAACAGACAAGAAAGGGGAGAUGGCUGCUCUCCUGCGCGAACUUGCGAGGGUUCCAGCUGGCCGACACAGACUCCUAAUCCUGGGUGCUGCGGAGUCCGGAAAAUCAACAAUCGUGAAGCAGAUGAAAGUCCUAUACAUGAAAAAAUACACGCCCGAAGAAUUGGCCCUAUACCGUUCAAUAGUGUAUAAGAACCUCCUCGACUCUGCGGACGCAUUGCACAUGGCUGUUCGCGAGUCGGGAUUGUUCUUUCACAGCGAGGAGGCUCAAAUUUAUUCAUCUUGGUUUCCGCUGUCGAAGAAAUGCCUUCUGCCAGAUGAGACUUUCGAGUCGGGAACCUCUAAAGCAGUAUCAGCUUGGUGGCAUGAUCCCGUCAUUCCCUUGCUCAUGGAGCAGCGAAUGCAAUUCUAUCUGAUGGACUCGGCACCCUAGUCAGAUCCCAGCGGACUCCGUGCCGUUUGGAUGAGUCACUGACAUCUGUUUUAGUUUAUUCGACAAUGUUGAGCGGAUAACGGCUCCCGGUUACCUACCUACGGAGGCGGAUGUGCUGCGAGCCAGGAUGAAAACUACGGGGAUAUACGAGACCCAGAUCUCCAUUGGCUUUACAAAUUUGAAUGUGUACGACGUUGGAGGCGCCAGAAGCGAACGAAAGAAGUGGAUUCAUUGCUUCGAGAACGUCUCAGCCAUUAUCUUCUGUGUUGGGAUGAGUGAGUA